AUACAGUUACAAAAAUAAAUAAUGUGAUACGUCGUCCUACUUGGAUUUUUUGGUAAAGGUUCUCUUUCACACUUUGGCCAAUUUAUAACAUCACCUGUUAUAAAUAAACAAAGGUUUUUCACAGACAGACGACAUGGCGUUGUUCUCUCCUUCCCAAUUUCAUUAAAAGAAACGACAUGACAUUGGAAAAAAAAAAACAAAAAGAUGACCAAGACGACAUCGGAGUAGCAGCACCAGAAUGACCAAGAGCUCACUCACUUCGAACCGCAACUCGCCAUGGAACUCGACCUUGACUCGUUCCUCAACUCACACGUCUCCCUCUCCGACGACGACGACGACGACGACCACCUUAGCUCCGUCCCCCACCGCACGAUCGACGAAAUCCUCAACGACACCGAUUCGUCCGCCUCAGCUUCCCCGCCCUCCUCCACUAUCCACCGCCUCAAUUCCGACACCAAACCACCGGAACCGCCAAAAUACGCCGUAUUAGUCCCCGUUGUUAAACCCGAGGAUGAAAGGGCGGUCCGAACGAGGCCCUAUUUGUACAGUCCGGUCAAGUCCGGGGAUUUAGCGGACGAUCCGGCCGGGAGGGUUUCCAAGCCGUCUCCAUGGUUUCUCGGAGGCAUGAGAACAAAUGCGAAGCCCGGGGCGGCCCUGGCUGCGGCUGCGGCGGCCUCGAGGUUGAUGCCGACUCCGCACGCUACCUCGAUCAAGUCGAGGAGGAGCGCCGGGAGUGGAGUUAUCCAGAAGGUUCUUGAAAGUUCGGAACCGGAUGACAACUCCGAGGUGAGUUCUAAUUCUAAUGGUGAUACGAAUGCAAUUCGUUCGGAAGUGAUUAGGACCAAUUCGAAGGAAUUACAAGUGGAUUUUGGCGGUGAAUUGUUGAGAAAUGGCGGGGUAUUGAAGAGCGAAAACGAGUUGAAGCAGGCUUCUCAAGUUGAUGAAACGAGUGCUGGGAAUGCUGUGGAAGAAGAGAAGAAUGUAAGUAGUUCUUAUGAGAAUUUGACAAAUUUAGAUGCAAAUGAUGUUAAAGAUACGGAAUUUAGUAAGAAUGUUGAGGUGGUAGAGGAAUGUAAACAAGAAAUUCAAGACUUGGAUGAUAAUAGUCCUUGUUCGAAAGAGAGUGAUACCGAGGAUUAUGAAGGCUGCGGUGAUGGCAAGGAUUAUGAAGGCUGCGGUGAACGACAUUAACAGUAUAUUGCAUGCCUGUAUUGGGCUGUGCCAAAGGAACACCCAUCGCUUAAAUCCUGAUGAAUCAGAGGCACUCUGGUUUAGAUUACUUGACUCGACGAUCAAUGAAGAAAUUUUGUAUUCUAAAAAAGUACAAGUUCAUGGAUUGUUGAAGACUAAUCAACGCUGAAAUUUGGAACAGUAUCUAAAGGAGAUGUUAAAACGAUGGUAGCCGAGUCAUUGGACUCGGAAGAGGAUGAGAUGGCUUUUAUAAUCAAGUGGAGAAUCUCAAAUCUCCAUAAAGGUUUCCAUAUCUUGAGAAAACUGUUCUCUCAGUUCAUCAAGGAGAUUGUUGAGGGCAUGACAGGAUGUGUUCGUCUUCCAACUAUCAUGUCCAAACUCCGUUCUGAUAAUGGCAGCCAGGAGUUUGGUGAUUUUAAAUUCACAAUAUUGGGGAUGCUUAGCACGUAUGGCUUCGAAAGAAGAAUUCUGGUAUACCACCUCUUUUAUCUCUUUUGCAAUCGAAGCGGCUCGUGUGACCAACAAGUUUGCUACUUGAGUUUUAAAGCUUAGAACACAAAAAAUUAGUAACUUACAAACGCAAAAGAAAGGUUACAAAUCAACUUGUUGAAAAUUAAUCCAAACAAAGUUCACAACUUCCUGACUCGCGAAAUGGGGGGCGGUGUAAAUGCAAAUUCAACAAGACAGAAAAGGAUUCACGUAAAACUCUAGGGUCGCAGUAGUAGCCCGCUGUCACUCAUCAUCGUCUGAGCUUCCAUCUUCAGUACUAUAAUCGCUAUCAUCGUCUGGAUCCAGAAUAUCCAGCUCAACAUGCUGCACCUGUAUUGUCGCUGGUGGUUUAUGUACUCCUGGAUGAGCAUUAGGUCGUAUUUGUUGCUCCUCGGCCCUUGGAACUGGAAGAGAUUCAAAUGGGGGAAGAGGCACUGGGUCCCCUGGCUUCCAUCCAGGUGGGGGCACA